CGCGUGGGGCCGGGCUCCGCGGGUAGCGCUGCUGCCCCUGCCCAGGACGGGCGCUGCUUCCCGGGGAGCCUGGGCACCGCUCCUCUCGGCUUCUGAUAGCCUCUGAGAGCCAAGCCGAGAACAUUAGGGAAGAAAGGAGGAAUGAGGCUGGAUCUUGGGCAGUGAAAACAAGCAUUUCAAGGAGAGGGGAAGUCACUACGCGAAGAGAGACUCCCGAGUGAGCCAUUCAGCAUGAGAACUUACCGCUACUUCUUGCUGCUGUUUUGGGUCGGACAGCCCUACCCAACUUUCUCAGCUCCGUUAUCUAAGAGGACUAGCGGUCUUCCGGCGAAGAAAAGGGCCCUGGAGCUCUCCGGAAGCAGCAAAAAUGAGCUGAACCGUUCGAAAAGGAGCUGGAUGUGGAAUCAGUUCUUCCUCCUGGAGGAAUACACUGGGUCGGAUUAUCAGUAUGUGGGCAAGUUACAUUCAGACCAGGAUAGAGGCGAUGGAUCACUUAAAUAUAUCCUUUCAGGAGAUGGAGCAGGAGAUCUCUUCAUUAUCAAUGAAAACACAGGCGACAUACAGGCCACCAGGAGGCUGGACAGGGAGGAAAAGCCCGUAUACAUCCUCCGAGCUCAGGCUAUUAACAGAAGGACAGGAAGACCCGUGGAGCCUGAGUCUGAGUUCAUCAUCAAAAUCCAUGACAUCAACGACAAUGAGCCAAUAUUCACCAAGGACGUUUACACAGCCACUGUCCCGGAAAUGUCUGAUGUUGGCACAUUUGUUGUCCAGGUCACUGCAACAGAUGCCGAUGAUCCAACUUAUGGCAACAGUGCUAAAGUUGUCUACAGCAUCCUCCAGGGACAGCCGUACUUCUCAGUUGAAUCAGAAACAGGUAUCAUCAAGACAGCUUUGCUCAACAUGGAUCGAGAAAACAGAGAGCAGUACCAAGUGGUCAUCCAGGCCAAAGACAUGGGCGGCCAAAUGGGCGGCCUCUCAGGAACCACUACUGUGAACAUCACGCUGACUGAUGUCAACGACAACCCGCCUCGAUUUCCCCAGAGUUCAUACCAAUUUAAAACACCUGAGUCUUCUCCACCGGGUACACCAAUUGGCAGGAUCAAAGCCAGUGAUGCUGAUGUAGGAGAAAAUGCGGAAAUUGAAUACAGCAUCACAGAUGGCGAGGGCCUGGAUAUGUUUGAUGUCAUCACAGACCAGGAAACCCAGGAAGGGAUUAUAACCGUCAAAAAGCUCUUGGACUUUGAAAAGAAGAAAGUGUAUACCCUGAAGGUGGAAGCUUCCAAUCCCCAUGUGGAACCGCGAUUUCUCUACCUGGGUCCAUUCAAAGAUUCAGCCACAGUGAGAAUCGUGGUGGAGGAUGUGGAUGAACCUCCUGUCUUCAGCAAACUGGCCUACGUCCUACAGAUAAGAGAAGACGCUCAGAUAAACACCACAGUUGGCUCAGUCACAGCUCAAGAUCCAGACGCGGCCAGGAAUCCCGUCAAGUAUUCAGUAGAUCGACACACAGAUAUGGACAGAAUCUUCAACAUUGAUUCUGGAAAUGGUUCCAUUUUCACUUCAAAACUUCUUGAUCGAGAAACACUGCUGUGGCACAACAUUACAGUGAUAGCUACAGAGAUCAAUAAUCCAAAACAAAGCAGCCGAGUACCUCUAUAUAUUAAAGUUCUAGAUGUCAAUGACAAUGCCCCAGAAUUUGCUGAGUUCUAUGAAACCUUUGUCUGUGAAAAAGCAAAGGCAGAUCAGUUGAUUCAGACCCUGCGUGCCGUUGAUAAGGACGACCCUCACAGUGGACACCAGUUCUCAUUCUCUUUGGCCCCCGAAGCAGCCAUUGGCUCCAACUUCACCAUUCAAGACAACAAAGACAACACCGCGGGAAUCUUAACUCGGAGGAAUGGCUAUAAUAGACAUGAGAUGAGCACCUACCUCCUGCCUGUGGUCAUUUCAGAUAACGACUACCCAGUGCAAAGCAGCACAGGGACAGUGACUGUCCGGGUGUGUGCAUGUGACCGCCUUGGCAACAUGCAGUCCUGCCACGCCGAGGCCCUCAUCCACCCCACGGGCCUGAGCACAGGGGCUCUGGUGGCCAUCCUUCUGUGCAUCGUGAUCCUACUAGUGACAGUGGUGCUGUUCGCAGCCCUGAGGCGGCAGCGCAAGAAGGAGCCUCUGAUCAUCUCCAAGGAGGACAUCCGAGACAACAUCGUGAGCUACAACGACGAGGGCGGCGGCGAGGAGGACACGCAGGCCUUCGACAUCGGCACCCUGCGCAACCCCGCGGCCAUGGAGGACAGCAAGCUGCGGCGGGACAUUGUGCCCGAGGCGCUCUUCCUGCCCCGGCGGACUCCCACCGCCCGGGACAACACCGACGUCAGGGACUUCAUCAACCAAAGGCUAAAGGAGAACGACGCGGACCCCACCGCGCCGCCCUACGACUCCCUGGCCACCUACGCCUACGAGGGCGCGGGCUCGGUGGCCGACUCGCUCAGCUCGCUGGAGUCGGUCACCACCGACGGAGACCAGGACUACGACUACCUUAGUGACUGGGGCCCCCGAUUCAAGAAGCUGGCGGAUAUGUACGGAGGGCUGGACAGUGACAAGGACUCCUAAUCUGAUGCCUUUUUCUUCCUCCUUCCUCCUCCUC